AUGACGGACCGUGAUACCGUCUCACAGCCUCCUAAUGCCCUCCUCACCGACUCCCGCCCGUCUUCCGGCUCCGACCGCUACUGUGACUACAGGGAGGCAUUGGAGCUGCACGAGAUCCAGACACACGAAGAUAAUCAGCUCGACCUUUCCGAUCCCUCCGCCUCCUCAGGAGAGGAGUACGUAGUCCACCGGACUCCAUCUCGUACCUCCCGCGCCUCCCGUACCUCUCGCUCCUCGCGCGAUCGCCGCCCGGGUAUCUGGGGUCGAGUGUGUCACUUCUGGACCAACCAUGUCAUUCUUACGGUUCCGCAAAAGAGUAAUCGUGACCAUUUCGGUAGGGUUUUCAUAUAUAUGUCUUGGUUCUGUGGCUCUGACAAAAUUGAAGCACUGGAAAGAACGUUCCUCGCCUAUAUUCGUACGUCCACGGUUAUUGCUAUGCAAGGGGUUUUGGUGGCUCAGCUAUUUCGCCUGCAAAGGCCAACGGGUCCCGUUGAUCGUCUCUCAUUCCAUGAUGUUGGUGUUCCAUUAUCGGUUGCAUGCCAUUUCGUGGCUGUUAUUGUCGCUUUGAUUGGUGCUUUUCGGUUCUGGAAACAGCAGAAUGCGAUGGCGCGGGGGAAGAUAUUUGCCGGUGGAUGGGAAUUGAAUUCCGUGGGAGUUUUCUUAUUCAUUAUCAUUAUGGUCACUUUGGUGCUCUCGGUCAUCAUUCUUAUACAGAUCGACAUGGUGCCCAGGGCAUUGGUCAACAGCAUACUGCGUCUAUGA